CCUUCCUCUGCUUCUUCCAGCAGCUCUCAGUCAGACUCUCUCAGUGUUUGUCAGGUCAACAGAGGAACAUGGCUUCAUCCUUUCUCAGCUUCUCCCUCCUCUUCAUCAGCCUCCACGCAGCAGAUGGGUUUUUGGAAUAUAGAGUGGAUCGCUGUGUGUUUAACUCCACUGACCUGAAGGACAUCGAGUACAUCAGGUCUUAUUAUUUCAACAAAGUGGAGGACGUCAGGUUCAGCAGCAGUGUGGGUCAGUUUGUUGGAUACACUGAGCCUGGACUGAUGUACGCAAAGAACUGGAACAAAGAUGCUUCAUAUAUGGCUCAGCUGAGAGCUGAGAAGGAGAGGUACUGCCUAAACAACGUUGGGAUCGACUACCAGGCUGCUCUGACUAAGUCAGCUGAGCCCUACGUCAGGCUGCGCUCCGAGACGCCCUCUGGUGGUAAACAUCCCUCCAUGUUGGUCUGCAGCGUCUUCGACUUCUACCCCAAACAGAUCAGAGUGGGCUGGCUCAGAGACGGACAGGAAGUCACCUCUGAUGUCACUUCCACUGAUGAGCUGGCAGACGGGGACUGGUACUACCAGGUCCACUCUCACCUGGAGUACACGCCCAGGUCUGGAGAGAAGAUCUCCUGUGUGGUGGAGCACGCCAGCCUGAAGGAACCUCUGGUGACUGACUGGGAUCCGUCCCUGCCUGAGUCUGAGAGAAACAAGAUCGCCAUCGGAGCCUCAGGACUGAUCCUGGGUCUGAUCUUAUCUCUGGCUGGAUUCAUCUACUACAAGAGGAAGGCCCGAGGGAGGAUUCUGGUCCCUACUAACUGAGCCUAGAUCCUGAUACUGGACCUGGACCUGAACGUGAACCCGGUCCUGCAGCUGAUAAAGCAGCUGCUGCUUCUUCAAACUGCUUCCUGUGUUUCAUCUCAGCAGACUGUCAGUGCUGCCACCUGCUGGACUGGAUGAACACCUGAUUCACUGCUGGUCUAAACCCUGAUCCAGGACUGUGCAUCCACAGUCUUGUUAAACUUUCUGAGGCCUGUAAAGGUCACACCCAAAUUAGGACUGAUACAUACAAUCCUGGAUGAGGGUUAGUCUGGACUCUGCCUCCUCUGAUCUGAUGCUUUACUGUGUGAAAUCAAUAUUUACAGCCACUAACUGAUGUUAUCUCUGAUUUAAGAUGAUGUAACCAAUUAUUUUAAUUAAGACUGAUUGUUAGAUUUGUAUAUUUCUGCUGGAGUGAAAUAUUUUAACUACAAUAAACCACCAGGAGACAGAG